AUGGUUAAAACAAUAGCAGUAGUUUCAAUCGUUUUGAUUUUAUAUAUAAUUAGUAAAAUAUCUGCCGAUUGUGGUUACGAGUCAUGUAUUCAAACUGAUUCACAUAAGUUAAACAUUCAUAUCAUAUCUCACAGUCACGAUGAUGUCGGUUGGCUGAAGACGGCUGAUGGCUAUUAUCAGGACGACGUACAGCAUAUCAUUACAAAUGUUGUCAACGCAUUGGCUAAAAACCCUAAACGACGUUUCACUCAAGUGGAGACCUAUUACUUCAACCGGUGGUGGUCUGAACAGAACCAACAGACCCGUGAUUUGGUUCAUACUUUAGUGAGUUCGGGUCAGUUGGCAUUUGCUAACGGAGGCUAUACUGUCAAUGAUGAGGGAAAUGCUCACUACAAUGAAAUUAUUGAUCAAAUGACAUACGGUCUGAAAAUUUUGGACAAUUUGUUUGGCAAAUGCGGUCGUCCACUCAUUUCGUGGCAAAUCGAUCCGUUUGGCGCUUCUAAAGAAAUGGCAUCACUUUACGCACAAAUGGGUUUCGACGGACAUGUAUUCAAUAGGGGUGUCGAACCAAAGGGUGAAUUCAUAUGGAAUGCCAGCCCUGACUUGGGAUCCAAAAGUGAUAUCUUUACGACUAUUCUUCACAAUCAUUAUAGCGCUCCAAACGGCUUUGACUUUGAAUCCGGAAAUGAUAUAAAUCCGACAAAUAAGAAACAAAAGGCCGAUUCAAUUGUAGCGAUCGGUAAUCAGUGGAACAAAGACUUUGGCGGAACAAAUCACGUGUUGAUUACAUUCGGUGAUGAUUUCAAAUACAAUAACGCAGAUCACUAUUUCACAAAUCUCGACAAACUUAUUGAUGCGGUUCACGAGUUUCAUCCGGACGUCAAUAUAUUUUACUCAACACCCAUGUGUUACUUGAAAGCAGUCAACCAAUUGGGCCAUACGUUUGAAAGCCGACAAAAAGAUUAUUUUCCUUUUAUUACCGGUUUCUUCACAAGCCGUCCGUCACUUAAACGUCAGGAGAGAUCGAUAAACAGUUUGUUGCAAAUAAGCAAACAGUUGGACGCAAUCACCAGAAUACCAGAAGUUGAACCAUUUGUGAAUGAGGGUCGAAAUGAAAUCGGAGUUAUGACACAUCACGACGCCAUCACCGGUACAUCACCACAGGUGACAAUCAAUGAUUACAUAUCAAGACUUUAUAGCGCCAGCGAUGCUCUCAGCGAAGUCAUUAACAGGACAUAUAAAAAACUUUUACCAAAACAAGAGUCCAUUAAAACAAUACCCAAACAAGUGAUUUGCGACAGACUUAAUAUUAGUCAAUGUUAUGUAUCGGAAAAUUCAAAUGAAUUCACUUUAAUUAUCUAUAAUCCCAUUGCAAGACCUGUCUCUCAAUGGUUCAGAAUUCCUGUUAAUGCAAAUGAUAAUUAUGAAGUGUAUGACAGCAAUGGUACCAAAGUUAAUGAUAUACAUGUGGUUCCCGUUUCGCAAAAACUGAUUAAAAUACCUGAGAGAACCACUUCAGCAAAAUAUGAGUUAGUUUUUCGCGGAAAUCUCAAUGCUAUGGGAUUUGUCACUUAUUUUGUUAAAAAAUUAGGAAAAUCAUUAGAAAAUUCAAGUGCUUCUCAACGGACACUAACUGAGAAUACAAUUGAAAUGAAAGGAAAAGGUUUUACUCUAAACUUGGAUUCAAAUAAUGGAAAUAUAUUAUCAAUGAAACUAAACAAUGGCAAAGAGUAUCCAUUGAAACAGUCUUUCAAAUAUUAUAAAUCAACAAAAGAUGAUAAUUAUGAUUUUUGCGCCGAAGGAGAGGUCACUGAUAUUAAUAGAGAUGCGGUUAGGAUAGAGUCAGUGACUAUCAGUGGAUCACUUCAUGAAGUAACACAAGUCUGGAACGAUUGGCUCACACAGACUGUCCGUGUCUAUGAAGACGAAGAAUAUGUAGAACUCGAAUGGAUUGUCGGUUCCAUACCGUCUGAAGACAAUAUUGGUAAAGAAGUGAUAACUAGAUUUGAAACUGAUCUCAACACUCAUCAAGAAUUCUUUACUGACGCUAACGGAAGACAAAAUAUUAAAAGAGUACGAACUUCUCAACUGAAGAAUUGUGGUCAAUCGAAAAACAGUAUUUCUGCCAAUUAUUAUCCUAUUUAUGAAAGAAUUUUCAUAAAAGACAGUCAAAAAGAUAUGCAAUUAACAGUUAUGACUGAUAGAGCACAGGGAGGUUCUAGUGAGGCGGACGGACAGAUGGAGAUUAUGUUUGACCGAAGGCUUUUCAUUCCCAAAAAUCCUGUCCCUCUCGAUGAAACAGGUAUUGAUGGUAAAGGUCUUGUAAUCAGAGGAAAACAUUAUUUAUUAUUCAGACCAAUCAAUGAAUCUGUAAAUUUAUACCGAGAUUUGAGUCAAAGACUUUAUAUGGAACCGUUGAUAACAUUCUCACCACUCAAGGAAUCGCAGGAAAGCUAUAAAAACAAUUAUAAGACAUCCUAUUCGGGUCUAAAUAAUGAAUUGCUACCAAACGUUCAUUUGUUGACAUUAGAAAAGUGGUCACAAAAUAAAGUAUUAGUCCGUUUGGAGCACUUCUACCAAAAAGAAGACAAUAAUCAACUGUCAAACCCAGUAGAGGUUGACUUACAAAACUUGUUUAAAGAUUUGAUAAUUAAAGAAAUACAAGAAAUGACUUUAAGUGCUAAUCAAUUGCUUACAGAAUCACAACAGAAGAAAUUCAAAUGGAAUUCAAAGACAAUUUCAAAUGAUAUACAAAAUAAUAAGAUCAGAACUUUUAUUAUGACUGUUGAAGAUUACAGCCAAAGAGUUGACUGUUCUUUACGAUGGGUAUCGACAUCCGGCAGCAAAAUCCCAAGCGAUGCCAUUAUUGGCGGCUUUGAUAUCGACUCUUCACCGCUAUAUAUAUGCCGACAUAAACAAGUAAAUGAUAUAAUUCCCGGCAAAGCCAAUGAAAAGUUGGGAUGUAUUGUUACAUUAGGAGGAAAGUCAUAUAAAACUAUGAAUAAUUAUGAGGUAUUAGUCGGACACGGCUUUGAUUGGGUUCCAAGACAUGGUGCCGAUGCUGUACCCGAUCGGUCAUUUGUUGCCGGACACGAUGGCCAGUCUAAUCCAAUUUAUGUCGGCAAAUGUGACUUAUUUUUUGGUAAAGUUGAGACAGUAGUAGUCGGUAAAGUGCAUCAUAAAUUUUAUUACGGUUGGGGUGAUUGGGAAAAGGAGGACUGUUUUAAUCAUCAAGUGAUGGUUUGCUAA